GCCAAGGCAAGGAGUUUGGCUUUUUUACUCCAGGUUAGGGAAAAAGCAAAACGGGACUUCGAAGGCCACAUUUCUCCUCUCUAGGUCUCCAGCCAGGACACCUGUUGCCAACAUGUCUGGGGAUCCCUUAUCCAGCAAAGCCCUGAAGAUCAAGCGCGAGCUGAGCGAGAACACGCCGCACCUGUCGGACGAGGCGCUGAUGGGGCUGUCGGUGCGCGAGCUGAACCGCAACCUGCGAGGGCUUUCGGCCGAGGAGGUGACGCGGCUCAAGCAGCGGCGCCGCACGCUCAAGAACCGCGGCUACGCCGCCAGCUGCCGCGUGAAGCGCGUGUGCCAGAAGGAGGAGCUGCAGAAGCAGAAGUCGGAGCUGGAGCGCGAGGUGGACAAGCUGGCGCGCGAGAACGCCGCCAUGCGCCUGGAGCUCGACGCGCUGCGUGGCAAGUGCGAGGCGCUGCAGGGCUUUGCGCGCUCCGUGGCCGCCGCGCGCGGGCCCGCCGCGCUCGUGGCGCCCGCCAGCGUCAUCACCAUUGUCAAGUCCACUCCGGCCGCGGGGCCGGGCCCCGCCCCAGGCCCGGCCCCCGCCCCAGGCCCGGCCCCCUGUUCCUCCUAGUGCUCUCCGCGGCCACGCCCCUCCCACCCCUUCGCCCAUCCCAAAGUGCCUAAGUGAGGUGUCUGCCCCGGGGUCCCCUUAUCCUGCAGUCACUGGCCCCCCGUGGCUAUCACACAUUCCUUUCCUGGACCCUGUCUUUCUCUUGCUGCCUCCGAAACUGGGACCCAAAGCCCCUGGGGGAGGGGGAACCUUGGAAGGCUGAGGGGGUGGAGUUCCGGCGUGGCUUCCCGGAUUGGGUUGACGCUUUUUGGACUAACAGGACACAGGCGGCUCAAGGGUGGCCCUUCCCAAGGACAAUGCCCCAAGUUGUGCCAAUAAGCCCCCUUACCAUCCCAGGGGCUGCUCUGCUUUAGAGCUGCCCGGAGCCCCGCUCCCACCUCGGCUUGGGGUGUGGCGGUGU